AUGGAUUUUGAGGAAACUUUUGCUCCUUUUGCAAAAAUGACUACUAUUCAUACUCUUAUUGUAGUAGCAACUUUUCGUCAAUGGAAUAUAUCUCAUAUGGAUUUUAAGAAUGCUUUCUUGAAUGGUGAUUUACAUGAACAAUUCGAUAUGGUUCCUCCUUCAGAUGUCCCUCACAAUAAUGGAGAAGUUUGUAAGCUUAAAAAAGCUCUUUAUGGCCGUAUUCUCCUUUUCUUAUAUAUUGAUGAUGUGAUCAUCACUGGUGAUGAUUUCGAUGGAAUUGCAUUGUUAAAGUCUCAAUUAGCUUCUCAGUUUGAGAUGAAGGAUUUGGGUCCUCUUCGGUAUCUUUGUGGUACUAUCUUUCAACGCUUUUUGUUUACCUCCACUUCUUCCUUGGAGCUGUGUGCAUACUCUGAAGCUGAUCAUGGUCGUGAUCCCAUAGAUCGAGAGUCUGUUACUGGUUUCUGCAUCUUUUUGGGUGAUUCUUUUAUCUAUUGGAAAAGUAAGAAACAAACAGUUGUCUCCCAAUCUUCCACUAAAGCAUAG